AUGUCUGUAGCAUCUAUACCAUUCCUUUUGCGCCUGUUGAGAAUUUCCAUCAUCUAUGCUGUCUUAGGCUUCCUAAAUUUGCCUUGCUCCAGUGGAGAAAAGGAAUUUUCUUUACACCUAAAUGAUGCUGAUGUCAAUAUGACCAGAAGCAGAUGGCGUCGAUCUCCAAACAACCCACCACAGCCAAUCGAUUGUAUAAUUUCCAGCUGGUCCUCAUGGAGCAUUUGUGAACCUUGCCAGAAGAAAAGGUAUAGAUUUGCCCGAGUGGAACGGCCUUCUCAGUUCGGCGGUGACCCAUGUGAUUACUCGGACAAAGAAACUGAAGUCUGUGUUCCAAACAGCCCGUGCAGAAAUACAAUUAGAUGUGAAGGCUUUUUGUGUGGUACAGGAAGAUGCAUUAAUCGGAGGUUGCUUUGCAAUGGAGAUGACGACUGUGGGGAUCACUCAGAUGAAAAAAACUGUAAGAAAGUAUAUAAAAUGUGCAAUCGAGAGACAGAACAAUACUGGGGGAUCCAGAUGCUAGCAAGUGGAUUAAAUAUCUUCACAAAUGAUCUGGAAGGAUUGGUUUUUGAUCAUAGAUAUUAUGCUGGAGCAUGUGCUCCACACUAUAUCGCAGACACCAGAUUUAGAAAACCCUACAAUGUAGAAAGCUAUUUGGCAGAGACCAAAGGCAAAUAUGAAUUUACAUUGACUGGGUAUGAUUCUUAUUCAAGUUUUGAAGAAAAUGUCUCCAAGGCAAAAUCAAAACAAGAAAGCUUCAGCAUUGGAAUAACCAUACCAAAUACUUUUGAAUUUGGUUACAGUCAAAGUGAUAACAGGUACAAAAGGUUCAGUGAGAGGACAAAAAGGUUUUCUUCAACGUCUAGCAAAUUUAUCAAUGCACGUUCUGAGUUGGAAGUCGCCCAGUAUAAACUGAAGACUCAAAAUUUGAUGCUUCACUAUGAGUUCUUCCAGAGACUUCGUCGCUUGCCUUUGGAGUAUAGCUAUGGGGAAUAUCGCGAUCUCUACAGAGACUAUGGAACACAUUAUAUCAUUGAAGCAACCCUUGGUGGCACUUAUGAAUAUACUUUGAUCAUGAAUAGUGACGAGCUUCAGAAGGCAGGGUACACUUUAGAUGAUGUCCAGUCCUGUACACAGAAGGGCGUUAAGGUUGGUGGAGCUAUUAAAAGUGUUUAUGUAUCAGUAGGAGUAUCCUUUGGAGGCUGUGGAGCCAUUUUAACGGAAAUUGGAGAUAGCAAGUCUGAAAAGAAAUUUGUGGAGGACUUCGUAGCCCUUGUUCGCGGAGGUGCGAGUGAACAUAUCGCCGCCCUUGCUAACAAAGACCUGCCAACAUCGGAACUGAUGCAAGAAUGGGGAGAUGCUGUUCAGUACAACCCUGAAAUCAUCCGGAUGAAGGUGAAGCCUCUUUAUGAAUUAGUGACUGCAACCAGCUUUGCAAAUGCAAAUACUCUGACGCAAAAUAUGAGGAGGGCCCUAGAAGAGUUCCAACAGGAAACCAGCACCUGUCAUUGUGCUCCAUGCCAGGGCAAUGGGACCCCCAUUUUGAAAGGGACUCGCUGUGAAUGUGAAUGUCCCCUAGGACACCGGGGCGCUGCCUGUGAGAUCACACAAAGGACAGAUGUUGCUGUAGAUGGGAUAUGGAGUUGUUGGUCCAGCUGGUCAGCAUGUUCUGGAGGACAGCGGAGAAGAAGUCGGGAAUGUAACAAUCCUAGUGCACAAAAUGGUGGCAACCCCUGCUCAGGUCUAAAUGUGGAAACUGUCAGUUGUUAA